UGCUAUAUAUAAUUACUGAAGGCAAUUACAUUCUCUUAAUUGUUGAAUAUGCAAAAUUAAGAUUUUAGAUUCUAGGGCUCAGUUAUCACAGGGAGUCUUGUCUUUAUAUGUAGCGCACAGGAAAGAGAGCCUAAUGAAGAUUUCUGAUUAUAAUACUGACAAGUACUCGGAAGGAAAAAGAGGGCCUUAGUUGAGGAGGGGACAUAACUUCUCCCCCCGUCUGAUAUUGAAUCUACGUCCAAUGUUAGAAGACAGGAGCUUUUCAUUUCGGGGUACUACGUACCACAUCGGCUGAAAAGCAAGGAACGAAAAAGAACAGUAGUGGCGUAAAACUUUGACCACGAGGAUAACACAUGCUCCACGAGGGGUGGCCAAGUAGGUAAUGCGGAAACAAGUACUUACAGUGUUGUACAUUGAACGAGGAAGUUAGCUCCAAUUGCAAAGUCAUGUCAGAUCAUAUAAUUGAAGAAAACAAUAUACAUGCAUUUUGUGGCUCUUGACAACAGCUAAUAGCGAGCUAAAUUCGGUAAUAGGGCUUCCCCCGGAGAAUAUUUCUCUCGAUUUUUUUAGUUAAAUCAUGCAUGGUUUUAUCAUACUUUCCAAAUUCAUAACUUGGCUUACAGUUAGGCUAAAUGGGUGAAAUAAUUAUAUUACUUGAGAUCUUCCUGGUAAAAUAGGAUAAACAGCUCAAAACUAGCAUAAAUCCCUCUUCACGUGCAAGGAGUACCCCCUCCCUCACCUCGCCUACGCUUCCCUACCCCUCUCCCACCCAAAAAAGGAGGCUAUUUUGAGCGCCAAUCGGACUCGUUCACGGGUCGGUGCACUCGCAUCCGACCGCGCCGUGCCGAAAUAAACCCCCGUUCGGGGGUCAUUCAUUUUGAAAGCUGCUCUUCGCGCGAAGAGAAUUCAGCAUAAGCACUUGUAAACAACUCUGUCCUUUACAAAGCCGAGAGAUCAAGACCACCUGGACACAGAGGAAUCUCAAAUCGCCUUCGCUGUUUAUCAGAGCUCUGUACAAGCCUGUGGCGCCAGAGAAGUAAAGAAAUCUUUGCGAUUUGCAUCACAUUCAUCCACAAGAUCACGGAGAAGUGACUACUUAGAAGAGCCGGGCAUUCAUGGUAUUGAAGGAGAGAGACCUUUAACUUCUCUUCCGUUGCUAUAAUUAAUGGCAAUGUCAAAGCCAUUCUAUCUCAAGGGUGGACCAAACAGAUCAAGGCCUUCGUCACUAAGUUCUGAUCCUGAGGAAAGUGCCUUCUCUCUACAUGGUAUCCAAGCUUAUGAACUUGAACUGGAGAGUGUGUCUGACAGCGAUGGCAGUAGCUGCAAGAACAUGGCAGACAUUAAUGGCAGUCCAUGCUCUUCAACACCUAGAAGUCUUUCCCCACUCAGCUCCCUGAGUAGUGGAGAUGGUCACCACACCACCAGCCAUGCAUUUGAUUUUCCCAGUGAACCCUUCAGUGUUCCUCGAUACAUCAAUGUGCACUCCCCUGUUUUGAGACCAAGUACCUCCCUCUUGGAAGUGUCAAUUGCCAGCUUACCGCCAGAGUCUGAAUUGAAGCAGUCACUUUUGAAAAUCCGUGAACAGAUGGCUUUGAGUCUUGCACGACUGAAAGAGUUAGAGGAACAGGUGCGGAAUGUGCCAACUUUGCAAGUUCGCAUAUCUGUACUCCAAGAAGAGAAAAGGCAACUUAUUAAGCAGCUGCAAUCCAAAGGUUCUCGAAAGAGAAGCCGAUCCCUGGGGCCUUCAUCCGGUGACUACUCAGUAUACAAUGGGCAUUCCAAGGGAUCAAAGAGUGACACUGAAAAUGAUGGUGAAGAUGACUAUACUCUCAUCAAGAAAAGACUCAGAGUCAAGUUGAAUUCUGUUGCCGUUGGAGAUUACUCAGUAAACGAUCCUUGCACUUGUUGUACCACAACGAUUCGAACAACCAAAAAGACCCCUGUGAAGUCUGUAUGUGUAGGAACAGAAUCUGUAACUGCACUAAAUAGUGUGUCACCAACAACACAGCCAAUGAGACAAAAAGUACAAACUAGAUCUAUUGGUGUUGGAAUGAUGAGGUCUUUCACAAGAGAUGUAGGUGUUGGGGAAGGAAAACCACUCAUCUACACAGAAAACCGUGGAACUCAAGCUUCAGCAGAAAUGGUGAAUUCUGGCUGUGAUGCUCCUUCUGUUGCUGUUACUAAAGAUGCGGCUGUUAUGGCACAGCCUGACUUACGCUCAAAAGGAGUCACUGCAGAUCUUCAAAGCGCAGGCCACAGUAGCCUUUAUGAGGAAGCAAAAGUACAGCCAUCACAAGCAAAAGUUAGCAUUGGAGUUCAGACAGGUGGAGGUUCAGGGGUCUCAUUGGUUUCAAUUGGGGUGGGUAUUUGCACCAUUGAUGAUGAACCAGCAUGCAGAAGAUGUUCAAACAGAAAGUCUCGAGCCAUAGUAAAAACUGUGGAUGAGAUCAUGGCCAAUCGUAUUGACAUCCCACUCUGCAAAUCUGUUGGCGUUGGUGACAUGAGUCUUGAAGAUAACUAUCUUUGCGAUCGUUGCAGCAAUCUUGAAACAAGAACAGUUGGUGUUGGGGAAAAGAUUGAGCUGAGAAAUGUUGCUCUCGGAGAUUUCAGUGUUUCUGAGGACUACCUCUGUGAUCGAUGUAGUAACAUAAAGACAAGAACUGUGGGCUGUGGUGUUGAUCAAAGUUUUACUAAGGACACUGGUUCUGGAGAGGACAAAAUCAAUGACAAGAUGUUGUGUGACCACUGUUCAAAUUUACAGACAGCAUCUAUUGGAACAGGUGAUUUUAAAGUGGAGGAGGACAUUUUUGUCUGUAAACUUUGCAGCUCCAACACAGAAAAUAAAAUAGAGACUCCUAUGACUGCAGAAGAGACAGUAGAAUUGGAAUCAUCUGUUCCUAGCAGCCAUCUUGCAGCUGAGGACAACAGUGCAGAGAGAAAGAUGCCUGUAAGGAAUAGAACCUUUAAAAAAGAGGCAUGUACUACACGCACAAUUGGUGUCGGUAGUUGUGGUAUCAUGGAUUCUUUCUGUACUAAAUGUGACAAUUUGCACACCAGAUCUAUUGGUGUUGGCAAUGGUAAUGUUUCAGUUGAUGUGAUUUGUGACAGAUGCUCCCAUAAGAAAACAAAGUCUGUUGGAACAAGCAGUGACAUCAUAGAAACAAGGACACUUGGUGUCAGUGAGUGUUGCAUAACAGAUAACUACUGCGACAGAUGCAUGAAUAUCAGAACUCAGACUGUUGCCAUUGGAGACUGCUGUGUGACAGACAGCUAUUGUGAACGUUGUUUUAAUGUCCAGAUGCAUUCCAUUGGUGUUGGAGACUUUGAUGUUAACAUCGACGAUAACCCACCAGUUAUACAAGCUAACCUUGUUUCUGUUGAUAACAAUACUAAAUUUGACUCAAACAUGAACUUGAAAACACAUGGGACCAUUACCAGUCAAAACGUAGUUAGACACACACAGUCUAAGCAACACAGUAUUUAUUCUAAUGAUGGCAUUAAAAAGGCACAUAUGCACAGCAAGGAGAGUGAACUUAAUGAAUCUGAUGGAAGCAUCGACAAUGAUAACCCCAGCAGUGACAGUGCAAGUCAAACCAGUGAAGUCAUGGAUACUGCUCAGUCUCCAGAGCGCAUUAGAAUUACUGAUGAAGUUGUUGUGGCAUGCAAACUCUUGAAUGGCCAUCUUUACAAAGGAAAAGAAAUUGGAAGGGAACAAAUGAUUUCGUGCAUGAGUACAGUGGAAAACAACUGGUUUCGCUGCGUUAGCGCAAGAGAGUGUGACCCCGAGAUAGUCAAAGGCCUCCUGAAAAUAUUCAAGAAUCAAAUUCACAUGCUUUUGGAAACCAUCAUCAAUCUUGUGGACAGCAAUGGAAACAAUGCUUUGCAUUACGCAGUUUCGUUUAGAAACUGGAAACUGGUCGAUGUUUUGCUGGACACAGGACUAAUGAACUUAAACUUGCCAAACAAGGCUGGAUACACGCCGAUAAUGAUGGCGGCGCUAGCUGGAGUCGUGAAGGAAGAUGACAAGGACAUUGCCAGGAAAAUGUUUAGAGCAGGAGACAUAAACAAGCAAGUUGAUGAAACAGGUCAAAGUCCACUUAUGUUGGCUGUCAGCCGAGGGAGAAUGGAAAUGGUCGAGCUUACUUUGGAGGCUGGGGCCGACAUCAACGCAACAGAUGAAGAUGGCUCAACAGCGCUGAUGUGCGCAUGCGAACAUGGUCAUCUGAACAUUGCUAAGCGACUGCUGCUGGAGGCUCGCUGUGAUGCAUCCAUUGAGGACAAUGAGGGAAGCACUGCCCUAUCCAUUGCCAUGCAGAGAAACUUCAAAGACUUAGCUCUCUUGAUAUACGGAAAUGUUAGCUUUGACCCUAUUGGGAAACCUCGGAAGAAAAUUGCUGGUCUUCCCUGUAAAGCGUCGUGAACACAAGGCUGUGAACAUGGUGCGAUGUUCUUUUCCAUUUUGUCACGCCAGAAACGUCCA